AUGUCGACGCUGCUGCCGGUCUGUCUGCUCCUUCUCUCUGGCAUCGGCGGGGGCUGGACCGCGCCAUGGAGACCAUGCACAGAUCUGUUACCACUUGACUUCCUGUCUCUGGUGCUUCCAGAGGGCGGGGCAGCCUUAAUGGGGGUGCGCAUGGUUCAGGAAGGGGGGGCUCGAGGCCUCCAAUGGACAGGCCCCCCCUGGGCUCUCAGCUUCCCCGCCUCACAGAUCUUCAUCAACUGUGAUUUCUUCCCGGAGGAGUUCUCCAUCGUGGUCACACUCAAGGUGUCCCGAGUGGCCCGCGGGAAGAACGAGUACGUCUUCGCGCUCGUUCAGGAGGACACGGGUCGUCUGCUGAUGGGCCUGCGCUUCUCCCAGGAGAAGCUUCACUUCCUGUUCCUGGGCCCCGGGGGUCUGGACCGGAUCACCUUCCAGUGCGUGCAGCUGGCAGACAACCGCUGGCACACUGUGGUGCUCGCCAUGAGCGGGCACUAUGCCACCCUCACGGUGGACUGUGGCGUGCCCCUGGACCUAGUGCACGAGAGGCCUUUCCCUGCUGCUUUCAACACAAAGGGCUCCAGGGUGUACGUCGGCAGUCGAAGACGGUGGAAAGGCUUGUUCUCAGGGCUGAUGCGACAGCUGGUUCUGUUGCCCGGUUCUGACGCUACCUCACGAGUGUGUCCCUCCACGAACCCGAGUCUCGCCGUGCUCUCCGUCCCGCAGUCCCUGCUGCAUCUGCCCAUCAAACCCUCCGGAAACGAUGCCCUGAUGUAUCCAUACGAAGCCGACGUGCGGGUGACCGUGGGGACACAGCCACCUUGCAGGAAGAGUGAGCUGGGCCAGCUGUGGUUUGACACGCUGAAGAGGGGCCUCUUCCUGUGUGAUGGUGGGGCCUGGCUUCCUAUGCUGCAAGAGAAAGAGAGGCUGGAUUAUGUGGAAGAUUACCAAGACCUCUACACUAACUCUGAAACCUUCGACAUCGAGGUCUUCCGCAUCCCCUCAGUGGGGCUUUUUGCUGCCACGGCCAACCGGGAGUCCAAGCCCGGCUCUGGGAUUUACAAAUGGACUGACGGGAAGUUUGAGCCAUACCAGAACAUCAGCACCUUUGAGGCACUAGCCUUGAAGUACUUCACUGUGGGCAACAAGAUGUUCUUGGCAGUUGCCAAUUCGAGAGGGGCGAGGGAGGGGGCCCAGGAGCUCUCCGUUAUCUACAAGUGGAGCGACAGGAAGCUGAAGUUCCUGCGCUAUCAGACGCUGGAGACGCACAGCGCGCGGGACUGGGAGGCCUUCCACAUCCAGGGCGAGGCCUUCCUCGCGGUGGCCAAUCACAGACAAGGGGACAGCAACCACAAUAUCGACAGCGUGAUCUACAAGUGGAACCCAGGCACCAGAGUCUUCGAAGUCAACCAAACCAUCCAAACCUCAGGGGCCUAUGACUGGGAGUUCUUCACUGCUGGGCCUUACUACUUCCUGGUGGUGGCCAACACCUUCAACGGAGCAUCCACGCAGAUCGAGUCCAUCAUCUACAUCUGGCUGGGCGGAAUGUUUCAGCCCUUCCAGGCCAUCGUGACCUUUGGGGCAACUGACUGGGAGAUGUUCCAGAUCGGGAACAGAAUCUUCCUGGCAGUGGCUAACAGCCAGAAAUUAUACAGAAAAGGCCCCAGCAUCUACACCCUCAACUCCACCAUCUACGAACUCAACAUGACCACAAGGACUUUCCUCAGGUUCCAGGACAUUCUGACCUACAGUGCAGUUGACUGGGAGUUCUUCACGCUAGGAGAUGAAAAGUUCCUGGUGGUAGCCAAUUCCUACGAUGGAACAUCCUACUCUUUAAACAGUGUUAUAUACAGGUGGCAGGGAUACGAGGGGUUCGUUCCCAUCCACCAGCUGCCAACCAUCGGGUGCAAGGACUGGGAGUUCUUCAGCUCCAAGGAGGGCUCUUAUCUCAUAUAUUCCAGCGCUACGGAGCCCCUCUCCAAGGUGUUCAAGCUGAGGACCUACUGACGGCACGGGCUGCAGGACGGGCUCUGACCAGCCGUGGCAACAUGCUGCGGAGUCAUCGAGACUGAGCUCGAGCACGACAGAACGAGAGAAUACGCGUGGUCUCUGCACAGCCCGAAACUCACCAA